AUGUUUCGCACGAUCCCGAAUUACCUCAAGGUUGCGGUGUGCGUAAAGCGCGUCGUGGACUACACGGUCAAGGUGCGCGUCAAGGACAACAAGGUGCAGACGGCCAACUCGAAAAUGAGCGUGAACCCGUUCGACGAAAUCGCGAUUGAGGAGGCGAUUCAGCUUAAGGAGAAGAAAAUUGCAGAUGAGGUGGUGGCAGUCACAAUUGGUGGAAAGAAGGCGGAGGAGGUGCUGCGCACGGCCAUGGCCCUUGGGUGUGAUAAGGCCGUGCACGUUGUCAUCCCGGACGCUGCAGUGGACUCCGUGGAACCACUGGCGGUGGCUCGGAUACUUCAAAAGCUGCACGAAGAGAUUAUGCCGGAUAUUUGGCUGCUGGGUAAGCAGGCCGUUGACGGUGACUUUGGGUGCACCCCCCAGCUGCUCGCCGGGCUGUUAGACGCCCCGCAGGGCACCUUUGCCUCCAAGGUGGAGGUGAAGGACAAGAAGGUUACUGUGACGCGUGAGGUGGACGCCGGCCGGCAGGUCGUGGAGCUCUCGAUGCCGUGCGUUUUGGCGGCAGAUCUGCGCCUCAAUACACCCCGGUUCCCGAAGCUGCCAAACAUCAUGAAGGCGCGAAAGAAGCCGAUCGACACGAAGGACGUGAAGGCACUUGGCGUGGACCUCACACCCCACCUCUCAACAGAGACCGUGACUGAACCCGCCACCCGCAAGGCCGGUGUUAAGGUGAAGACGGUGGACGAGUUCUACGACAAGCUGCACGCGGCGAAGGUACUCUAG